AUAUAUUCAAAAAAUACGAAGGAAAAGAAGUAGUGCGCACAUUGGCCGUUUCAAAACUAGAACAAUUCUCCCAUAAUAGUCAUUACCAUUUCUCUCAUUCUCCUCCGGACGACGCCGUUCUGAUCUCUCCUUCCGGUUUUGGGAGAGAAGAGAGAAGAGAUCAUCAAAGUGAUAAUGGCGAAUAGAGUGGAUCAUGAGUAUGAUUAUUUAUUUAAGAUCGUCGUGAUCGGGGAUUCUGGAGUUGGGAAAUCAAACAUUUUAUCCAGGUUCACAAGGAAUGAAUUCUGUUUGGAGUCAAAGUCCACAAUUGGUGUUGAGUUUGCCACCAGAACUCUUCAGGUGGAGGGAAAAACAGUGAAGGCCCAGAUAUGGGACACUGCGGGGCAAGAAAGAUACCGAGCCAUCACCAGUGCUUAUUAUCGAGGAGCAGUUGGAGCCCUCCUUGUCUAUGACAUAACAAAGAGGCAAACAUUUGACAAUGUUCUGAGGUGGCUACGGGAAUUGAGAGACCAUGCGGACUCUAAUAUUGUGAUCAUAAUGGCUGGAAACAAGUCUGACCUUAAGCAUCUUAGAGCAGUCUCUGAACAGGAUGGUCAAGCUUUAGCUGAGAAGGAAGGACUGUCAUUUCUUGAGACAUCAGCAUUGGAAGCUUUUAACGUUGAUAAGGCUUUUCACACUAUAUUGACAGAUAUAUACCAUAUCAUUAGCAAGAAGGCAUUGGCAGCCCAGGAAGCCGCCACGAGCACUGCAACUCCUGGUCAUGGUACAACCAUCAACGUUAAUGAUACCUCUGCAAAUGUGAAGAGAGGCUGCUGUUCAACUUGAGUUGAUGUUUCAAAAAGGAAAUAGAAUUUGUAGCAACGCAUAAACUUUUGCUUUUCCCUUGUUUCUUUUCUUUCUCUUCUAUUUUCUUCUCCUUUUUCCUUCACCCAGAGUAAGAGAGGCUUGUAGAUUUCUUGAUUGAUAAAACAGAAGAGCUUGUGCAUGUCAAUUGGCUAGUGGCUUAGGACGACCUAUACUUCAUAUGAUACACAGUUUCACUGUUUACCUACUGGUAAUGUUGGCAAGACCAAAUUAUUAACUCUAAUCUUCCAGGACAUGGUGCACAUGAGUUGUUAAUUCAAUGGCAGCAUGUUAUCUUGUAUUUUCUGUUAAUAAUUUCGGCUAUUCUCUCA